UCCGGGGGAGAGCGGAUAUAGCGAAUGCGGGGUCCGGGGAGAGCGGAUAUAGCGAAUGCGGGGUCCGGGAGGAUGGGCGGAUAUAGCGAAUGCGGGGUCCCGGGGAGAGCGGAUUAUAGCGAAUGCGGGGUCCGGGGGAGAGCGGAUAUAGCGAAUGCGGGGUCCGGGGAGAGCGGAUAUAGCGAAUGCGGGGUCCCGGGGAGAUCGGAUAUAGUGAAUGCGGGGUCCGGGGGAGAUCGGAUAUAGUGAAUGCAGGGUCCGGGGAGAUCGGAUAUAGUGAAUGCAGGGUCCGGGGAGACCGGAUAUAGUGAAUGCAGGGUCCAGAGCGAGAAUAGAUAUAGUGAAUGCAGGGUGUCUCUGUUUGUGUAUACGGUGAAUGCAGGGUCCGGGCAGACCCGAUACCGUGAAUGCAGGGUCCGGGCAGACCCGAUACCGUGAAUGCAGGGUCCGGGCAGACCGGAUGUAGUUAAGGCAGGGUCCUCGGAGACCGGAUAUAGUGAAUGCAGGGUCCGGGCAGACCGUAUAUACUGAAUGCAGGGUCCAGGG